GGGAGGAAGGAAGAGGAGAGUGUGGGAAAGUGUCAGUGGAGUCUGGGCCUGGGCAGUGGCCCCUGGGAGCAGGCCUGGCUGCCGAAGUGCAGAAACCAAGCCGGGCGCGGCGCUCCGCAGCCUGCUGUCCCUGGCGUCUCAGGCUAGGUUCCAGAUCUGGGACCGACAUGUACACUCCCACCCCCCAGAGCUCUCCAUUUCCAGCCUCGGUGCAGGAUCCAGGCCUGCACAUUUGGCGGGUGGAGAAGCUGAAGCCGGUGCCUGUGGCGCGGGAGAAUCAGGGCGUCUUCUUCUCUGGGGACUCCUACCUGGUGCUGCACAAUGGCCCGGAAGAGGUUUCCCACCUGCACCUGUGGAUCGGCCAGCAGUCAUCUCGGGACGAGCAGGGCGCCUGUGCCGUGCUGGCUGUGCAUCUCAACACCCAGCUUGGGGAGCGGCCCGUGCAGCACCGCGAGGUGCAAGGCAAUGAGUCCGACCUCUUCAUGAGCUACUUCCCACGCGGCCUCAAGUACCAGGAAGGGGGUGUGGAAUCGGCUUUUCACAAGACCUCCCUGGGGGCCGCCCCGGCUGCCAUCAAGAAACUGUACCAGGUGAAGGGUAAGAAGAACAUCCGUGCCACCGAGCGGCCACUUGCCUGGGACAGCUUCAACACCGGUGACUGCUUCAUCCUCGACCUGGGCCAGAACAUCUUUGCCUGGUGUGGUGGCAAGUCCAACAUCCUGGAGCGUAACAAAGCCAGGGACUUGGCCCUGGCCAUCCGGGACAGCGAGCGGCAGGGCAAGGCCCAGGUGGAAAUCGUCACUGACGGGGAGGAGCCUGCGGAGAUGAUCCAGGUGCUGGGACCCAAACCUCCUCUGAAGGAGGGCAACCCCGAGGAAGACCUCACAGCUGACCAGACCAAUGCCCAGGCCUCAGCUCUGUAUAAGGUCUCCGAUGCUACUGGACAGAUGAACCUGACCAAGGUGGCAGAUUCCAGCCCCUUUGCGCCCGAGCUGCUGGUAGCAGAUGAUUGCUUCGUGCUGGACAAUGGGCUGUGCGGCAAGAUCUACAUCUGGAAAGGAAGGAAAGCCAACGAGAAGGAGCGGCAGGCGGCCCUGCAGGUGGCCGAGGGCUUCAUCUCCCGCAUGCAGUAUGCGCCUAACACUCAGGUGGAGAUUCUGCCCCAGGGCCGUGAGAGCCCCAUCUUCAAGCAAUUCUUCAAGGACUGGAAAUGAAAGGCCCUCUGCUCUCUUCUGCUCCUCUGGCUGCACAGUCAGUGCCAGAGUGCCUCUCCCCUCCCCCCAGCAGAUGUUCAAUAAAGCAAGAGCUUUCCUGGGCCUUCCCG